AAAUAAUACAUAAUGUAUAUCGUGCAUCUGUCCUGUGUAAUUGAUAAUUUCAAAAAAAGUGAAGUACUGCGUUUGGAAUAUAAACUUUCCAGCAGUGUCUCCCAAUUUGAUUCAAUGAUGUUUACUCAAGAUCAUGAUUUUUUACGAAUAGAAUGAAUAUAAGUUCCUUUUUCAGUGUAUUGUAUGACAGACUCUGGUCGAUUAAAACGAGAUGAUAAAUGCUGAGAAAUACACAAUACAUAUCACUAUUGUGGGAGGAUUAGCUACUGUUUAGUUAAAACAUCCAUAACAUUGAAACUUAAUGCUAGAUAUUUGCAUGGAAGAAGAAUGUUUGACGCAGCAACAAUAUGAAAUUCAUACAAAUAUCUAAAUUUUCUGGAAGAUAGGUAAAACGAUAUCCUGUUAUAAAUAUUUAUGUGUAUAUUUUACAAUUCUUUGUACACUAUUUACAGUUAGGGAGAUUGUAUUUAAUUAACAGAAAAUUGUAUAUUCUAUAUUUAUCAAAUUUUUGGCAUACAAUUAGAGAAACACUGUUCAAAUUUUGUGGAACUUUAAGCGUAAUACACGCCAUGACAUCAGAAACACAAUGGCAAAAAAAUUUGUAUGAAAAUUAUAGCUUACCAGACAAUUAUACGGAUAGCUCAUUCUUGGAACAGUUACGUAAGAAUAUAAAACCAAAUAAUGUAACAUUAUCAGAAGCAAUAACAUUUGGAGCCAGCAUAUGCAUUCAAUUGAGCAUUGUGAUUCUUUUUGUUAUUAUAUUUAUCUGGUUAAACAAAGAAUGGACCAGUCCUAAUGUCAUCUUUGUAUCGGGCGUAAUCUUAACAAUAUUUGGUUAUCUCGUAUAUUGUGUAACGGAACAAACUACUGUGAAAAAAAUGUCAAAAGAUUUUAGAACUGCAUUAAUUUUUCUCACGUUUGGUUAUAUUUUAUCCCCUGUUUUGAAAACUUUAACCGAAACAAUUAGUACCGACACAAUUUAUGCCAUGACGAUAUUAAUGUUUUUAACUCAUUUAAUAUUUAGCAAAUACGGUUCUCUACAGAUUUCUUUGUCAGAUUCCUUAUCUAUAACAUCUUCAAUCUUUGGGUCAUUGAUGUUAGCAUCCAGAUUAGCAUCCCCGUCGCAUGCUUUUUCUCUUCUCACAGUUGCCGUACAAUGUUUCGUUUUAUUACCGUUUUUAAUGUAUAAAUUAAGUAAGAAAAUACUUAUUUCAAUUUUUUUAACACUCGAUACUUUAUAUUUCCUUUUGUUUAUUUCGCAAACGAUUUCAUACGUUUUUAUUUUAUCUAUAGUAUUUUUACAUUUUAUUUGUCCUUAUUGGUAUGUACGAUGUCAAACAUACAAGGAUAAUAUUUAUGGUCCAUGGGAUGAAGCUGUCAUCACUUCUUAAAAAUAUUUAAAAAUAAUAACGAUAAUGAUGUCACAUUAAGCUAUUUUGUUAUGUCACAUUUAUAAAUAAACUUUAAAUAUGCUGUAUACGUUAAUUUAAAGAGAGAAGAGUAGUAUAAGUAUUUUAGUAUUUAAUUUAUUAAUUAUAGAUACCACAAUUAACAUAGUAACGGAAUAUAACUAUGACAGAUUAUUUUUAAUAUAUUAUUGCGUUCAGCAAAAUAUUACAAAAUGGUAUAUAUAUAUAUACGUAUAUCAACAAAAUUAUUAUAAGCAUUCAAUUCUGAUUUGUAAACAUUAAUCGAUAAAAAGUAUGUAUGACCUAAAUUCUUUUCCAACCAAAUUAUCUUGUACAUAUCCAGGACUGAAUAAUUGUAAAUUGUAUUACAUAAUUGUACGCUUUGAUCAGUUCUGGUUAAUUUUUAUAAUAAAUACUGUUUGCGUAAU